CUUCAUACUCCUUUCUUUGACAAACUGAAAUGGCAGAGCAAAGAUCAUCGUUUCGUUUUCGUCUUCCUUGGACCACCUCCCGAUCAGCUCGGGGCUCCACUACCACCGUUCAAAGCGAAGCCGCUUCCCAGGCAGCGGCUGGAAGUCCUGCUCCGCCGCCUGAAAACCAGAACUCUAGCCAGUCUGCCACGGCUCCUACAGCCGGAGCUGCUCAAAGGCCGCCAUUUAGGCCUGCAGGGAUAGCUCCAGUGCAAGGAUCCUCUUCCCCCACUCAGGCGUCUAAAGGUGAGCCUAAACCCUCCUCACCAUCUCGUUCAGCUCCUCAAUCACGGCCAACAACUCCAUCAUCGUCCCCAAGCCGCAAGCCCCCUCAGUCUCCAUCGCGUUUGGCAUCUCGUGCUGCAGAGGAGACAUCUUCAACCUCUCCAUCAGAGACAACUGCUAAAAUGCAACCAACACCAGAGGAAAUUGCUCCUCAGCCAUCAUCACCAUCCAAGAAACUAGUGGACCAAUCUCUGCUACCUUCGAAGCCUGAUAAUGAAAGCCAAGCACCUUCAAAAACCGAGCAACAACCUGCAGAACUUCAACCCAAGAAAGAGACCGCAUCAGAAGAUACUAGUAAAGAAGCAAAAAUUCAGCAACCUGAGAUGACAAUACAGCCUUCCAAAGAAUCAGAAAAAACGACUCCUGCAACUGACAUCACAGAAGGUCUAGAGGCCCCCGAGCCUUCACAAAAGUCGGAUAUUACAACCAACAAUCAAGAAUCUAAACCUUCUGUGGACUCAAAUCUCGAGGAAGCUAAGGAAGUCAUACAAGAGACUGGAGGGAAAGAUCAUGAUGAAGCUAAGCAGGAGGUUAAGGAGAUACAGACAACAAAAGAGCAGCCAGCAGUUGCAGUUCAACCAGUGGAUAAGCAAGAGCAAUUUAGCAUGGAGCAGACAGUGAAGACCUCAAAUUCUAAUGGACAACAAACCAAAACAAUAGUCACUGGUUCGCAUCAAAAACUUGGAAUGUCCAAAGAACAACCCCCUCCUCUGCACAAAGAUAUCAAAGAUAGCAAUAUCUCAAAGUUAGUUCAACAGACAGAUAUCGGAGGUAAUAAGCAAUCCGUGGAAGAGAGGCCGGUUAAUGUGAUAACCCUUGCAGGUGAUAACAGAGGGGCAUCUUUGCAAUUUGGCUUCGGCUCAUCUAAUAAUGAGAAGCCAGUCCACAUCCACAGAAGCUAUAAAUCAAAUCCUGAUGAAAGUAUUGAGGCAAUCACCGAUGCAGAGGGAAGUUCCGGGGGAAGAAAAUUAGAAGACCAAAAAGCCAUCAGAAAUCAGGAAGUGAAAGCAUGUGUGAACUGCAACAUACAGGGCAGCAACAACUCAAUUCUGUUAAACAGUUCUGUCACAGAAAGAAAUCCUGGCGUGAAUCUGGAAAUGCCCCAUCUUCCAGCAGAACCUGUAAAAUCAUAUGACAAAAAAGGGUCCAUUGAAAUUCGCAAGGCUGAAUCCAACGCCACCCAUGCCCAGAAACUUACAUAUGAGCCUACAAUUAGAAGGAGAUGUCUCAAAGGCCUUUUCUUGGAAUCAAGUGAUUCUGACCUGGAUAACCCUGAAAAGCCUCGGCUCCAUGGUUGUCGUGCUUACUGCAAGGAGAAGCCUAUAGAAAACAAGGAAGAUAUUAAGUUGUCCAGAUAGAUUAUGGUUCAAAGUCUAUCAUGUGUGGAAUUAUCAAAUUUCAGCUAGUUACCAAGAGGCUCAACACGAAUUGUAAUAAGGAUGUCUUUAAUCCAUGUAUCAUGUAUGUAUUAUGCUAAUGGCAUAUCGCAGUUUCUGAGA